CAAGCUAGCGUCUACUCGAUUUGCUGAAUGCAUUUUAGCAUUUCUGGUAUUUUUUUGUGUAUAAUAAAGAUGUUUAAAAUGGUUUGUGUCGUAAAUUUAUUCUAAUUUAGUACAUAGAUGAAAGUAUCUAAAUAGUUGAUGAUAUUAGUAUUAUGUCUUCUCAACUUGGAGAAGAUAUUGCUGACAUAGCCAUGACACGAACUGACGCUGAUUCGUCUCAAACACACGAAGCCACCUCUAGUGCAAAUGCCGAUGAUGCAUCAUCAAGCAAUGCAGCAACUCCAGCAAGUAGCGAAGGCCAAGCGUCCAGGCAAUCUAACCUUCAACGCAUCCAACAGAGGAAACAGCAAGUCUAUAACUGGCCACAUGCAAAGAAACUGCUGAAGCUAGCAAUUUACUCAUCUUGUCAAACACCAGAUUGUAAUUGUACCGGUUGGAAAACUCCAUUACCACAGCAAAAUAGUAAAACAAAUAAUCGCACAGACAAUCAACCUAUAGCCAGUUUCACUGAUCUUUGUCGUAACUGCAACCAUAUUCUAGAAAAACAUGUAACUCAGUUAGAAGCACUCUCUGCUGCGGAGGUAAAUCGACUCCUCGGGGCAGUGGUCGAUGUAGAAAAUAUAUUCAUGUCCAUGCACAGAGAGGAUGACCAUGAUACAAAGCGAGUUUAUUAUUAUCUGUUUAAACUCCUGCGCAAAUGUAUUCUCUCUCGAAGCCAGCCUCGCAUCGAAGGACCCCUCGGUCAGCCUCCCUUCGAGAGACCCUCCAUAGCGAAGGCUAUCACGAACUUUGUCCUAUACAAGUUUAACACUUUACCUCAGAGGGAAUGGCAGACCAUGUACGACCUAGCCAAGAUGUUUCUACAUUGUUUCAAUCACUGGAAUUUUGAAACACCCAGCGUUAGGAAACUGCAAGUUUCAAACCCAGAGGACAUAUCAGCGUACCAAAUUAAUUAUACAAGAUGGUUAGUUUUCUGCCAUGUGCCUGCGUUCUGCGACUCUCUUCCGCAUUACGAAACAUCCAUAGUGUUCGGACGGACUUUACUGCGAGCUGUCUUCAAGUCGGUCUGUCGACAGUUAAUGGAUAAAUGUCAUUCCGAAAGAGAUAGGAUGCCGCCGGAAAAGAGAGUAUUAGUCUUAAACCACUUUCCGCGUUUCUUGGGACUUCUGGAAGAGGAAAUAUUCAGCGCGAACUCGCCCAUUUGGGAUCCCGACUUUAAGCAAAUGCCACCUGUACACUUACAAGCCAUUAUAGAUAAUAAAACUACAGGAAGACGCGCUGGUGAGUUCGAGCGAGUCACGGCGUCCGGAGAUAGUAAGGAUGGUUUCACUACUGUCUCGCUUUCAUCGGGGUCGAUAAAGCAGGAGGGGCUGAAACGGGCCAACGAGCGCAGCGGCGACCAGGGCGGCAAGCGGAGAAGGCUCGACGACGGAGCUGAUGACGUCAGCGAGCGAACCGUCGCCGACAUCGUCGCCACCAUCUCCGACCCCAACUACAUGUGCGGCCCCGACGCCUUAUUCCAAAUGCAGGCGCCAAGAGAUGAAGCGGCCAAGUUGGAAGAACAGCGAAAGCUCAUUGAGUUUCACGUCAUCGGCAACUCUUUAACGGGACCGGUUAAUAAACAGACCAUGCUUUGGCUAAUUGGUCUCCAUAAUGUAUUCUCACAUCAACUACCAGAAAUGACUAAAGAAUAUAUAUCACAAUUAGUGUUUGAUCCGAAACACAAAACUCUGGCUCUCAUUAAGGAAGGAAGACCAAUCGGUGGUAUUUGUUUUAGAACUUUCCAUUCACAAGGUUUCAGUGAAAUAGUAUUCUGUGCUGUGACGUCGAACGAGCAAGUAAAGGGAUACGGAACACACUUAAUGAACCAUCUCAAGGAUUACCACAUCCGGAACAACAUCCUUCAUUUCCUUACGUUCGCUGAUGAAUUUGCUAUUGGUUACUUCAAGAAGCAGGGCUUCAGCAAGGAUAUCAAGUUGCCUCGCGCCAUGUUCUCCGGGUAUAUCAAGGACUACGAGGGCGCCACUCUCAUGCACUGCGAACUCAACCCGCGCAUUGUGUACACUCACUUCACAGCCGUCAUCCGGCGGCAGAAGGAGAUAGUGAAGAAAUUGAUCGAUAUGCGACAAAAAGAAGUACGGAAGAUACACCCUGGAUUGAAUUGUUUCAAAGAGGGGGUGCGCAGUAUCCCAGUGGAGUGCAUCCCCGGCGUGCGCGAGGCGGGAUGGCGGGACGUGCGCGCCGCGCGGACACCCGCCGACACCGACGCCGACCCCGCCGCCCUGCGAGCCGUGCUGCACGCGGUCAAGAACCACGCAGCGGCUUGGCCAUUUUUAAAACCAGUAGAUAAAACUGAAGUACCAGACUACUAUGACCACAUCAAAUAUCCAAUGGACCUGCGCACGGUGGGCGAGCGGCUGAAGGCGCGCUACUACUCGUCGCGCCGGCUGUUCGCGGCCGACAUGGCGCGCAUCUUCUCCAACUGCCGCCUCUACAACUCGCCCGACACGGACUACUACAGAUGCGCCAACACCCUAGAGAAAUACUUCCAAGCGAAGAUGAAGGAAGGCGGUCUCUGGGAGAAAUGAUCGGAGUUUAACUUCGACGAUUUCUUCCUCAAGGAGCUGUGCACCGCUCAGGGGAUCGCGGAAAUCGUCUGAACGAUAAAUAAAUGACAAAUAGAUUGAAAAUUUUAAUUCCUUGUAAAUAAUUUACGGUCUCGUAUACUUUAAUUUAUCUAAAUAUAAGGGUUAGACUUAAGUCGUAUCGAAAUAGUUUUUGAAAUAUGAACGUUUACGUCGUUGGUAAAAUAUUUGAAUGUAAAUCUUUGCACUUGUAAUAUUAAUUGUAGUCCUUUAAUUGUGAUAAUAGUGAAUUUCUUAUAAUAAUAAUGUUAAAGGGGAUUAGAAAAUGUUUAGAUUAAUGUCUGAAACUAAUUAAAUUGUUUACUAGACAACCGCUUACCUGUUCCCUUGUUAUGGAUCGAGCGAGUUCGUAUCUUUGGUCUCCUCUGAGAGCGUGUAUUAAUCAAGUAUAUGAUACUUAUGUAGGCGGUGAUGAAUGCCUCGUAGUUAUAUUACAAUAAAACGCAAUUAUCAAUAC